AUGGCAUCUUCUGAUAAGAGUGAUAAGAAAUGUACAGUCGUUGACGAAGACGACGAUCUUGACAAUUUACUUGAUGACGUUUUGGAUAAUUUUUCAAACGUUACUGUUUCAAGUUCCGCCAAGACAAACAUUCUAAAUGGUGGUUCGGCAAGUAAUGCUCCGACAAACAAUGCCCCAACAAAUAAUGCCUCCUUAUCUUCACCUGAGCUAGAGGACUCGUCAAAUGGACUUGGCCUUGAAGACGAAGAAUACGCUCAACAAUUCACAGCUGAAAUGGAAGCACUUGUCAAGAAGCUUGGAGACCCCGAAGAAUUAAGGCAAACUUUUGAAGCUUUCUUAAAAAAUGAUUACACGGAAUCGACGGAGACGACUGGUGGUGUUAAUAGCAGCGGUAACACCAAAAAAUCAUUUCAAGAAACGAUUAAUCAAACCUUAAAUAAAUUACAGAAAAGUUCAGAUCAAGUUGAUGCUGAAGUCUCUGAAGAAGAUGCCAAUGAAGAAUUUCUUGCCGAGAUGAUGAGGCAAAUGGAGGGAUUACCAUACAACGGUGAUAUUCAAGAUAUGUUCGAGAAGGUGAUGGAACAACUCACCUCAAAGGAUAUCCUUUAUGAACCUAUGAAACAUAUAGCGACGAAGUACCCGGAGUGGCUCAAGGACAAUAAAGACAAAAUAUCACAGGAGGAAUACGAGCGGUAUAAGAGGCAGUCGGACUACAUACAGAAGAUUGCCGCGUACUUCGAAGCGCCAGAUUAUGAUGAAAAAAACGAGCAACAAAACAAGGAGUUAGUGGAUUUAAUGCAAAAACUUCAAGAUUUCGGUCAACCGCCUGCUGGAGUUCUUGCAGAUCUGGCACCGGAUAUGGAAUUGGAUGAACAAGGGCUUCCAAAAUUUCUGUCUGCAGAUUCGGAUAAAUGCAGCAUUAUGUAG